AUGAUGAGUAUCGACGCCGUGGAAGAGCUGAGAAGCUCUCUCAAGAAUCUCUAUAACGACCCUGAGUUUUCGGAUCUUACCAUCGCGACCGGCGAAACCGAGUAUCACGUUCACAAGGCUAUCGUCUGCCCAAGAUCCGACUACUUUGCUGCGCAAUGCCGUGAAGUCAAGUCCAAGGCAGCCUCCGAUGGCUAUCUGAAUCUUGCCGACGACGAUCCCCAGGCCGUCGGGAUGGUCGUUCGCUAUUUCUACCACCUCGACUACCCAUCUGAGUCCCCUACUGACGGCCCGCUUGUCAAUGGCCAUGCACACGUCAACGGACUUACCAACAGCCACGUCAACGGUCAUGCCACAGACGAAGACGGCCUCAAUGGCUCCGUCAAAUCUGAUGAACAGCCCCUUGACAAAGACAACAAAUCAGAGGAGCCCCUAGAGCCUCUAGAUGAUUUCCUCCCGCCCCAGCCGCCGAGACUAAGCAAGAAGCAGAAGAAGCGCGCUAAAGCCAACGCCAAACAGGACGCCGGUAGAGUCGGUUCUCCCGACCCCCAGGGGGACCCUGUCUCGUCACCGAUUGCUUCUGAGAUGAUUUCGAUCAGCCAGACGCAGGAUAACCAUAGCGAGGGCGGUGGCGCUGUCCUAGAGUCCAAGCCGGCGGCUCCUUCGCGCAACAAUAGCAUUGUUCUCGACAAGAGUGAUUCAUCUGUAGCUGACAGCACCAAGAACCUAGUUCUGCAUGCAAAUGUGUAUGCUCUCUCAAGAAAAUACGGCAUCGCAGGCCUUCGGUCGCUGGCAUUUGCCAAGUUUCAAACCGAGGCCGAUAGCCAGUGGCAUACUGAGGAUUUCCUCCAUGCGGCAGAGAAGGUCUACACUUCUUGCUCCGAUAAUGAGGAUGACCGCGAGAUGAAGGAUGUAGUCGUUGGUAUGAUUUGCCGUCAUGGCGAGUUGAUGGACAAGGUCGAGACGCAAAAGGUCAUGCGCACAUUGCCUAAGGACUUGAUGUAUGACAUCCUGAUGCAGGUUCGGCAGCAAGGCGGAUUCGCCAUCUGA